AUGGGUGGCUGCUGUUUACUUUUGGACUCAUACGCCAAUAGUUGGAAGUCGAGUUUGAGCGAUAAGGAUAGCUUUAAUACUGACAUGGAUUUUGGUAAAUCUGGUGCCAUGAGCGCACCAUACUCGCAGACAUACUCGAAAUUCGACACUGACAGUUUCAAUACAAAUACAAACACAAAAAGCAGUCAUAAAAGCGGGAUUAGCGAUGGUUCAAGUGUGUUAACCAAAGCCUACAUUAGCUGCAAGCCGGUAUCGAGCAAUGCUGGACACGGCAAAAGUGAUAAUGCCUACUUCGAGUUCACUUCCAAUCUGCAGAACCCAGCACCUAGUAAACCAAGCAGUCCAAAGAGCAAUUUGAAUACUUUCUUACUACUCGAAGCGAAUAACUACCGGAAUGCGUUACAGUCGAAGAACGUGGACAACUUGGAGGAAUUGAAUGAGAAGAAAGUCGAUCCGGAAAUGCGUAAAAUGAUGGAGAAGGUUGAGUUUCCACAUUUCAAGCUAGAUUUCGAUACACAAAUGGAGGAUUUUGCUAGGUCCCGAACGAAGCCAGACGCCGAGGAUGAUGACGAGCCCAUCAGUUAUGAGAAAACAAUUGAAAAUAUACACUUUCCAAGUAUAGUUAACGAUCAAUUCGAUUUGGGACGUAAUGAUUUGUCGCACGAAGCCGACUAUAAACUUUCGAAAAUCGAACAAGAGCAAUCGGAACCGCGUAAGGGACAUAUACGUGGCAGCGAAGGCUUUAGCAGCUUGCAGAGCUUCAACGGUAAAGUGAAUAUACCUUCGAAGCGAAGCACAGGCUUCAAUGCAAUGGAUGAAAUAAAACUGAAAACCAGCACACGGCUUAUGGCUAAAGGUUUGGGUCCCUCAUUGCCCAGUUAUGCGCUCUCCGAAACGCAACACGAACUGCAGCUAGACGAUGCAGUAAAGAAGUUGGAGAAGAACUACGCAUCGGAAAACCAUAUUGGUAUAGGUGAUUACAGCAAUACACGUGACUCGAGCCGAUUAUCAAAAGACGAGCUGGAUUGGCAAGAUCGUCUAAGGCAUAUGGAAGAAAUUGAGGAGCGUUCAUAUGAAAAGUUACUAAAUGAGGAACCAGAAGCUCCUACCGGCGAUAGUGACAUGAAAACUAAAGCCGAAGAUAUUAUAUUGGGUCCUACAUAUACUAUACUACGUCGAAGGCGUACAAGUGCGCUGCCAGACGAGGAAGAGGAGAGCAACCUCUUAGAUUUAUUGCGUACAAAACGUAUUACCAAAAAUCCUAACGAUGAUGGUAAUGAACAUUCACGAAUAGCAAGUAAAUUAACGCCAAAUGAUAUAUUAGUGGAGCGCUUACCAGACCUUAGGCCCGUCAGAGGGAAUAAAGCGUCGGUCGAUGAAGUGCCAGCACCGGUAGAAUCAGCGGCUGAAGAACCGUUACAGGAAGACUCGGCAGCAGAAGAUGUAGAUGCUGAUUCAGAGCAACUCGACGAUAUGGAUGAAGCACAACUGGUCGAUGAUAACCAGGUAUUGGCAGGGGAAAAUGUUGGAAACUCACAUACCAAACGUUGUGGCGAACAGGAGGGUAAUUAUAAGACUACUGAAGAUAAGCAGGAGGAUAAUUAUAAGACUACUGACGAUAAAAGUACGCAUGAUAAGGAUAAUGACGUUGAACAUAAAAUGACGAUAUUCAAAUUCAAGCGUGAUCUUAACAAAGAUGAAGACUCCAACGAACCGAAGCGGCACCUUAAGCGUAUUGGUGUGGUCAAUGAGGAUGGCGAAAUGACUGCAGUAAAGGAAGUAGAUUUAGGAGGACUGCUCGAUCUAAUGACGUUAGACAAUCUCAUGUCUAAGCGUGAAAACCAUGAAAAAGAGAAUGUAAAUACUGAGCAGGAAAACGGAGUAGCGGCAACUGAUGGCGCUGACAAAUUGACUGCAAAAGGUGAUCCAAAACAAAAAGUAUUGCGCAGACGCAGACGUGAAAUAGCUAUUUCAAGAAAGGAGGUCUUCAACGAUGAUUGCUUACAUGUAUUGAAUGGUGCCGAAAGAAAACGGCGUUCACUCAAUGGAAAGGAUAAACGGCGCAUUAGAAGGGAAGCUUCAAAGACAAAGGAGAAUGAAGAGAAAAAAGAUAAAGAGAAGACAAAUGAAAAUGUGGAGACAAAAAAGAACAAGCCGAUAGACGACGAGAAGGACAGUGAUAAAAAGUUAACGCGAAGUGAGGGAAAAGAAGAGAGUCCAGCCCAUUUGAUGGACAAGCGACACACGCAAGCUGCCGACCCCAUCGAUGAUAAUAAUGCAGAUAAUCGCAAGGUGGUAAACACUGCAUUGAUAAUAAACGAUGAUGGGAAUUUUAUACCGGCUGACGUUUAUGAAAGGCACGAGCUGCCGUCGAGAAGCGAAACGCUUAACGAUGCAGCCGUUAUAGCGGCGGACAGAAAGGCCAUGAACGCUGCCAGAGCGACUUAUGCCAGAAAUGCAGAAAGAGCGCCCAACUAUAUUGACACGCGCGAAGAUAACUACGGUGAUUUGAUGGAGCGCUUGAGACGACUGUCGCUGCGUAAUCGUGUACAUGAUGCGGAACGGGAGAGUGAUUUUAGCAACUCUGUUGGUGAGUUCGGCAAUCAAAAAUUUGAUAAUCUCAAAGAGGUCGAUCAAAAUGCCCGUCAUUUCGAUGGAAUGCCAGCCGACAACCUAUGGUAUGGCUCCGAUCCAUGGGGGGAAGAUCAGGACAACAACAAUCAGCAAGAUAAAACUGAUGAAACUACAAACAGAAAUCAGCCAAACCACCAACACACGGCACUGAUUUUACAGAUCGAAGAUGGUGCCAUCAAAAGUAUCGAAAGGAAAGAACAGCCGAGCAAGCAGAAUGAAGCGGGUGUGGUAAGCGAACAAAUAGGGAAUAGCGAGGAAGAAGAAGCGGGUGGUGGUGAUGACGCGGCAUUCGGUUGGUUUGGAAAGAAUGAAAAUAAAGAUGCGGCAAGUUGUAAAGGUGGAGACAAUGGCUUGGUAUUGCAUUUGAAUGAUCAGAUGCUCAACUGCACCGCAUUUAAUACGUUGGAGAGUUUCCUUAAAUCCGUACAACAGCAGCAAAAUAGAGUUGACGGUAGCAGAGGUGGCGGUAGCACUUCAAAUGGAAGUGGUAACACUUCUAAUGGAGGCGGUAAUAAUUCAAAUGGUGAUGGCACCACACAUAACCACAAUAAGGAACAAGGUAGACAUGGCGGACAUUCAGGAGGUGGUGAGCAAAAAAAUGGUGGUUACGGAGGAGUAGAUAAUCGACCAUUCGGAAAUGCGGGCGGUUCGCACGACAAGUCUGGACAUGGAGGUUAUGGCGAUCGAGGGAAUGGUAACCAUGGCGGUACUAAAAACAGUGGAAGCAACUCUGGUGAUGGUGCUGGAAAUGGCGCCGUUAACUUUGGCGUCGUUGGCGGUGGUAAUGGUCUUGCACCUGCUGGCAAUACCUGUGGAACGAAGGGCAACGACGGUAAUACUAGUGGCGGUUCAAGUGGCCAGAAGGCCAUGAAGCUAAACAUCACUAUCAAUGCGAGCGUUAUGGGCGACCAAAAGGCGAAGAACUUUUUCGGCAAUGGCACGUUUAAAGUGCAGAGCGAAGAUCGCGAACGACGCGGCGUUUCGUUUCCACAAUUCGAGGCAUUUAAACGGUACACAACGAAGCGGAAAUGCGCGAAGCCGAAGGCGAGUUGCGAUGACAGCAAGGUAAAUGGGAAGGGUUCGCUGGAGCUAGUCAAAUCUAUGUUCAAUAUGGCGAAAUGUAAUCCGCAAAUGAAACCAUUGUGGGCCGUUUUAAAGCGCAAUCAACAAUGCUUGAAGAAAAUUCCACCACAGGAGAACAGUUUUGAGAAAAUGCAAAAGGACGAUGUAAACCACAUCGAAGACAUGGUUCAACAAGCUAUGGAGGCCAUAAGUGAUAUUAUCGACGAUCAAGUGGAACAACGCUCUUGCAUACCAUUGCCGCCGGAGCUGAGAAUAUUUUACGAUGAAAUAUUGGAAAUCUACGAAAGCAAUUCGGCUGAAGGCGUGCGAGAAAAACGUGCCUAUAUCGAUGCGCCCUUCAAUGAGUUCAGCAAAGAGGUGCGUCUCAUUGACCCAAACAGUGUUGAGGAACGUUCACGUAUCGUUAAGAAACUACUGCGCCAAUACGACGGUCUACCGAUUGAGGACCAACAACAGAUGGUGGGCGUACGUGAUGAUCUCCUGCAGAAUUUGAACAUGUUGCAACACAUGCAAUUAGAGCAGAUGCAUAAGAAACGAGAGCCAAAAGACCAGCAUCCGGAGCAAGAGCAGCAGCCACUGCAGGACCUGCAACCACUGCAAGAGCAGCAUACGCAGCAAGAACAGCGUCUGCAACAAGAACAGCAUACACUGCAGGAGCAGCAGCCGGAGCAGGAGCAAGAAAAUCAACCAGAAGUAGUGCAAUUGCAAAACGAUGCCAAGGAUGUGACAGCGGAGGUGGAAAGUGAUAUGCAGGCGCGACACCGUCGUGAAGUGUUGAAGCGUUUGGAAGCCGAGAAAGAUAUUGAUGAGCAGGUCAUAAAGGCAUUCGAUCUACCGUAUACGCCGGAAUAUGUGCGCUUGAUGAAGGCGUCGGAAUUAAUGCAAGAGCAAGAUCAAAGAGAAACUGAGCGAAACAGAGCGAACUGA